AUGGCGGCGGGGGAGCCGGGGGAGCCGGGGGAUCAGGGCGGCUACGGCUUCCGGUUUCUGCCUCAGAAAACCUUCGCGUCGCUGAGCUCGCAGGAGAGCGCCGGCCGGCUCCGCCAGUGGUCCAUGCUGGGCAGGAUCCAGGCCCAGGCGUUCGGGUUUGACCAGGUGUUCCGGGCCUAUCGGAAGGAUGACUUCGUUAUGGCUUUUUUCAAAGACCCAAAUGUUAUUCCCAAUUUGAAGUUACUUUCAGAUUCUGGACAGUGGAUUACAUUAGGAACUGAAGUGAAAAAAAUUGAAGCUAUAAAUGUUCCUUGCACACAGCUUUCAAUGUCAUUUUUUAAACGAUUAUACAAUGAAGAUAUUGUACGAGAUAAUGGACAUAUUGUUAAAUGUUUAGACUCUUUUUGUGAUCCCUUUCAAAUUUCUGAUGAGUUACGAAAGGUUUUGCUAUUGGAAGACUCAGAAAAAUAUGAAAUAUUCAGCCAACCAGAUAGAGAAGAGUUUCUGUUUUGUCUUUUCAAACAUCUCUGCCUUGGUGGAGCUCUUUGUCAAUAUGAGGAUGUGAUUAAUCCAUAUCUGGAAACAACAAAGCUUAUCUAUAAGGAUUUAGUAAGUGUUCGAAAGCAUCCUCAAACCAAGGAAAUACAAAUUACCUCUUUCAUCUUUAAAGUUACAGCAUAUGAUUCUGUUGGUGUGUGCUACCCUUCAAGAAAAAGUCACGAACAGACAUUUUCUUACUUUAUUGUGGAUCCUAUCAUGCGUCAUGUUCAUGUUUUAUACCACUGUUAUGGCGUGGGAGAUAUGUCUUAG